CAGGAGCCAAUGGCAUCGGUGGGGGCGGACUAAUGCGUUAAAACCAGGUAUAAAACCCACCUGCGCCCAUCACAUCCAUCAGGUGACUCUCCAGUCUGAAUUUCUCUCUGUCAGUUGUCAGUGCUCUCACAUCCAGCAGCGAACAUGCCUUCAAACACCGCCGCCAGCAUGUUUGGCGGAGCUGGAGGACGGGGCUCCAGGGCGUCCGUUUCGAGCCUGGAGGGGCUGCGUAGCGUGCUGGGCAGUGAGCCGAAAAGAGACUCCGCUCCCGCCGCUCCCGCCGCUUCCGUCGCACCUGCAACACCUGCCGCUCCGACCGCUCCCGCCGCCCCCGCGGACGACAAGCAGACACUGCGGGGUCUGAACGACCGGCUGUCCGGCUACCUCGAUACGGUGAGGCAGCUGGAGAAAGCAAACGAAGAUCUGGAGAAACAGAUUGAUGACAUUCUGGCCAAGAGGACAGCACCUGAGGGACGCGACUGGGAUAAGGUCGAGAAACCCCUGGAUGACCGCAAGAACAAGAUCAAAGACAUCACCAUGGAAAACGCCAAGCUGAUGAUCCAGAUUAACAACACCAAUAUGGCUAUUGACGACUUCAAGAACAAGUUGGAUGAUGAGAAGAAGGCAUGUAAAGAGUUAGAAAAAGACCUGGAGGAUGUGAAUAAGACCGCAGAGGCUACCAAGCUGAAAAGCGAGCAGACAAAAAAAGAGAUUGAUUUGGUGAAUGAGGAGCUCGCUCGCCUCCAGCAGGAACACAAAGACGAGGUGGAUGACCUGCGUGAGAAGAUCAAGGAUUCUGAGGUGAAGGUGGAGAUUGAUUCUCCAAACUCUAACCUGGCUCAGACUCUCAACAAAAUCCGCAUCCAGUACGAUCAAAUAGGCAAGAAGAAUAUGGAGGAGACCGAGGACUGGUACCAGAGCAAGUUUGAAAACAUCAAGGUGGUGGAGGCCAAAAACAGCGAGGCCUUGAACUCUGGAAAGAAAGAGCUGAAGGAUCUGCUCAAACAGAAACAAACCCUGGAUAUUAAGAUCCAGAGUCUGCACAGCACGAUCCGCAAUCUGGAGGAAACCCUGAAGAACACCAAAGCGGAGUACGGUCAACGUAUGGGCCCCAUCAACAAGGUGAUACUAAACCUGGAGGCAGAGCUCAAGGAGAUGAGGUCACAGGUGGAGCGCCAUGUAAACACCAACAAGAAUCUGCUGUGCGUCACGAUGAAGCUGGAGUCAGAAAUCAAUAACUACCAGCAACUGAUUAAUGGCAUGAGCGCUGAUAGCUUGGAGAUUUCUUUAGAAGAUGCAUUGGACAGUGACCAGCAGAAGCCGGGAGAUAAGGUGCCCAAACCGGGCACGGAAGAGGUAAAAGAAGAAGCCCCUGUGAAGCAAGAGAGCCCCUCUAACAAAUCCACCCCCUAAUAAGUAAACCCCACUAAUAAGUAAAAACCCAAGCCAAAAAAUAAGAAGGGUUCAUCCUCACAAUCUUCCUCCUACUCUUCCUCGUGUUCCUCCUCCUUCUCCAAUAAGGAAACGAAAAGCCCAAGAAUGAGCGUGAAGUGGCCAUAGCCUGAUCUUGAGUAGCUUUUUUUCUGCUCUCUGUUAAUUUUCUGUCACUCUGCCAAGUAUCUUGUCAGUUUCCUAUUAUUGCUGUCAAACCAGUAAAGCUACAAUGACAUUAAGCUUUAUUUUUUCAGAUGUCAGUAAAUAAAUUGAUAUCAAAAGGAA